AUGAUGGGUACAAGUCGCGUCGCCGCGCGGCAGCUGCGGGCAGUGUGGGCUGCUCCGCGAGGAGCGUUUGGCUUGCGCUCGAAAGCUGGCAACACGACAGUGCACGCCCCAGUUGCAAUGCACGCUGGAAAGAACGCGAUCAAGAACGUUGCGCGACUCCCGACAGCGACUGCAGUGAGCUCAAGCAAACGCUGCUGCGUCGCGAGGCCUCAAGUUGGACCGCAUAUGCUGCUUAGUAGGUUUCAGCUGCAUCGUCUGCUCGCGCUCAAGCAGAAAACUGCCACCCGAGCAGCCAAACGAGCAGCAAAAGCAGAAAUUAAAAAGACAGCAGCUGCCUCUGCAGCCGAUGGGAAUCUCCGACUGCGCAAUUCGUUGGUGCUUCGUUUCAGCAAUGAGAACUCCUAUUUAAAUUGGGCAAGAAAUGGAGUGUUGUCCUCAGCUGUUGGAGUUGCCAUGUAUGCACAAGAACAUCAUCGUGGAGCGCAACUUAGUGGCGCGGGACUGCUUCUGUUGGGCUUCGGAUACAUUGGCGUGGGCACGGCCAAGUACAUUUAUUACAUCUUCCGCUUCCGCCACGUCAUGGAGCUGUCAUGGGCAAGCGUCUUUGGAACGAUUUCCCAUGCGGCGUGGGGGUUAGCAAUUUGGCUGACCGCUGUUGCCUCUUUUCUGGAAAGUGUGCCUCUCGAGCUCGAUGCGAUGCUGCUGACGGAGCCGAUUGCAAGCUACUUGCCUUUUCGGAUUCGUCAAGGUCUGAUCGAGACCUAUAGUCUCCAUUUGGACGACCUCGAGCACCACUCUGACGAGCAAGAGCGCGUGAUGCGUGCAAUCCGCGGUGAUCGGACAGCGCCGGAGCUGAUGGACGUUGAAGAGGGCGAGAAGCUGCCUCCGCAGUUGGAAGCCCAGCUGAUUGAGCAGAACCUGCACGCAGCCCCGAGUCCAGCAGUCGUAGGUCCUGUAUCUCCCCCAUCCUGA